AUGCGUUUCACUCUCGGUAUGAUCUCUGCUGCUUUGCUGGCUACUGCUGUCUCUGCGGCUCCCGCUUCAGUUUCUGGCUCUGGUUUGGUUGAUGCCUCCAUGUUUGAGGAACUCAACCUCAUGUCUGCCUCUGAUGUUUCUUAUGCUGAAAAUACCGUCUCUGCCUCUGCCUCUGCUCAAAAUGACGCUUACUCGGUUGCCAUGGCUGAUUUCAAUCUUCUCGUAGCUUCCGCUUCCGUUGCUGAUGCUGCCUCUGCUUCUGUCGUUGCCGAUAGCUUCUUGCAAAAGCGUUAUGCUGAUCACGAUGAUGACGAUAAGGAUGAUGAUGACAAGCACGACGAUGAUGACAAGGACAAGGACGAUGAUGAUGAGGACGAGGACGAGGAUGACGAGGAUGAUGAUGAUGAGGACUACGAUGAUGACAAGGACGAUGAUGACAAGGACGAUGACAAGGACGACGAUGAACAUGAUGAUGAUGAUGAUGAUGAGGACUACGAUGAUGACAAGGAUGAUGAUGAACAUGAUGACAAGGAUGAUGAUGACAAGGAUGAUGAGGAUGAGGAUGAUGAAUAUGAUGAUGAUGAAUAUGAGUACAAGGACUACCACAAGGACUACCGCAAGGACUACCGCAAAGACUACCGCAAGGACUACCACAAGGACUACCACAAGGAUGGCCGCAAGGAUGACCGCAAGGGAGACCGCAAGGAUGACCGCAGCGAAAAUGUCCGUAAUGGUGAAUCGAAUCUGAACAACCGUAAUGGUAACUUGAAUCUGAAUAGCCCCAAUGGUAAUUUGAAUCAGAAUAACCCCAAUGUCUUUGUCUACCACACUGUCAUUGCUAGACCUCUUGAAGUCGCAACUUUAACCGCAGCCACUGGCACUGUCACCAACUUUGCUACUCAAGUAGUAGAGGCUACUGUUACUACUACCGUUAGUGGAACCAGACUCCUUGACCUCCCCUUCUUGACAGUUGCUUAA